AUGAGUGAAGAAGUCUGUUUUACAGAAAUCAAAUAAAGAAAUAGUAGUAAGCAUUUUCCAUUAAUCGAUCUAACUGAAAUAAAACCAUAAGGCAAUUUCUUAGAGAGUUUACGUAAAAUUUAUCCUUCUUAAUUAAUAGUGUAGAAAAAGUAUCAAUUAAACAAAAAAAUAUAAUAAUACACUCUAGGCAGAGUCUAUCUAGAGUCAAAUAAUUAAAAAGCUAUCUUCAGAGUAUUCCAAGAUUCUGAUCUUAAUAUAUCCUCAAUAUUUUAAAAGAAACUGAAUAAAACAUCAGUUGAUGAUGAUGUCAUGACAACAAGUUCUUAAAUUGCCAAUGCCUAUAGAUAAAAUAGAAAGGAUGUAGUUUAUAGAAUCUUUGAGGUAGAAAAACCUCAACGUCCAAAGUAAAUACCAUUAGAAGAAAUGGAACACUCCCUUUUUGGUUCUAAUUAAGAAAACAAUCCUUUUUUUACACAAUAAAUCCAUGUUGUCAAUGCUAGUAAAUAUUUUUUAUCUUAAUGA